GUGUCAGAAAGCGACAAGGCGCAACGCUACAUCGCCAGCCUCAAUGCUGCCCGUCUCAAUGGCUCCUGGUCCGACGUGCCCGAACUGGUCCGCAAGGUCGACAAACAUGCGCCGCACCGAAGAUGCCUGACGCUUGCUGCCACGUCUGAGUCCCAAACUGCCACAUCAUCCAACCGCCGUCCUGGAACACAAACCUCGGCCGCCUCGCAUACCAGCCUCCUCGACCAGACUCCCAAGCUCGUUCAGGCUAUCGAGAGCGAAUCUGCCCACAAAGAAGAUGCCUUCCAGGCCAACAUCGCCCUCCAUGAGGUAUACUUCCUUCGCGCCGAGUGGUCCACCGUACUCGGUGGUCUGAAAGACGAUGUCUGGCUACAAGUUUCUCCUUUCGCAAGGUCCCCUGCAGAAUUGACCCCUAACACCCGUUUGGCCUUGAUCAAAUACUGCUACUUCCUGGGUGUCGCCUCCGAGCAGAAACUCUCUCUAGACAGCGCUCUCCGAGUGUACAGCCAGGCUCUUUCAGCCAUUGACCAAGCUCCUGUGAACUUGGCCAGUUUUCCGGAAUACCGUACAUGGGCUGCCCGUUUGCUAGGUCGUAUCUGCACCCUGCAGUCAAAAAAAGGUCACACAUCGACUCUAUCUACUGCGAGCGCUGCUCUGAUCUCAUACAGAGCAUGGGCUCGUAUCUGGACAGGCGAUUCGGCCUCCAAAACCGCUGCCCCAAGUUACUCCCUCGGUCCCUACGAUGUCUCCAACAAGGAUGUCUGGGCCAUGUAUUACAGCUUCCUAUCUUUCCUCCUUAGCACUGAUCUUGUUUACACGCCCUCGGCAGAGUCUCCCUUGGCUUUUUACAACCCUGAUUACCCCACCAAAGAUUUAGCCAAAAUGAGGCUGCGUCAAAGAUCCGAGCUAAAACAGGUCGAGGCUGCAUACGAGAGUGUGCUACUAUACAAGACCAAGUUUCCACAAGCGAACCAAUCUAAUGAGGAGGUCGAGCAAUGGGCCAACUCGGUCAUUUCCAAUUGGUCUCUNUUGUGCAGCUCCAGAUGGCGCGAAGUUGACCUCGGUGAAGGCGGUAAGGCCGCCGUUAGUCGUAGCACCCUGGACAUUCUGUAUCGUGCCGCAACCAAGACCUUCCACUCGACACUGAUUCUGCGUCAUCUCUUUACGGUUCAUGCCUCGCUGGCCGAGUUUGACCUCGCUAUCAAAGCCUUCGACUCAUAUACAGAGAUUACUAGCCGAGCAAAGUCAAGAGCUGAAAAGACUGGCCACAACGAACCAGGUUUGGAUAAUGACGAUAUCGUAGUCUUGACUGCAGCCCAGGCCAUCGGCGUCUUGUGCAGAUAUGGCUCACAAACCGAGGGUGAGAAAGCUCUCGAAGUCUCAAAGCGUCUGUCUGACUGGCUCAAACAACCGCGUCCAAGUUCAGCCAUCACUGUCUCUAGAAAGGAUGAGGAUGGUCGUCAACCAGACAAGGCCGCCAUGAAUGACGAGACUGCAACUGGCAUUCUCAUCUCAGCUGAGUCUUCUGUUGCUGCUUAUCGCGCUAUUGGUGAAAGUCAAGCAAAUUUUGCUAGACUGACUCACGAUCCAGCACAAAGAUCAGAAUAUAGAGAAAAGGCCAUCAAAUCCCUAAGAACAGCCGUCGAGAUGUCACCAGGUGGCAACCUCGACCCUGAAACUGCUCUUCUGUUGGGCACUGUUCUGGCCGAAAACCGCCAGUUGUUGCCUGCUACUCAGAUUGUCAAGUUUGCUUUGGCUUCCACGCAAGAUGAUGAGUCUAGCAAUGCUGUAAGAAAGGGACAGGUCAUUCCUCUUUAUCACCUUAUGUCACUACUUCUCACAGCUAGGGGCGAUUACGAACAUGCAGUCGAGUUCUGUGAUGUCGCCUUCGAGCAGUUUGGCGGUGCCGAUAUCAUGUUUGGAGAUGCCGAUGGUGAGGCUCUUAUCCAUCAGAUGGAGGAUUCAGAGAAGGAAGCAUUGCUGCAACUUCGUCUGACGCAGUUGGCUCUUACCGAGAUGCUUGAUGAUUCUGAGAUGGCAGUCGAUGCAGGCUCUCAGGUGCUCGCACUUUACCAUAAGCUGUUUGCCACUUCGGCUAAUGGCAUAGCACCACCACCACCAAGAGAUAGAGCUUCUUUCAUUGCACCGUCGGUCAAGACGCAAGGAACACUCAAGAGCGUUAGUGGCAGUAUAAUGAGACGCUCCAAAUCCACACGGAANAAUGCUGAAGGCCCUGCACAGGAGAAGGAUGUGCCUCCGCUCCCAACGGCAAACAACAAAACUUCAAUACCAGCAGUGACCACGACUGACGAGAACGGGUCGCAUGAAAAGCAUCACCACAAGAUCCAUCUACCUCAUCAUCCACUAAAACAUCUUCAUCACCAUGGACAUGCAGCCGAUCCCGAGAGAGAUGCUCUUGCUUUCGAUAAUGCUCCUGCUGUCCCAACAAAAGAUGGAUCCGACGAAAACCAACCAUUGCGAGAAGUUCCUCACAACCUCGAAUCAUCAGAUCAACCCGCACCUAUUGGACACUCAGAUCAACCGCCAUCGCAAGAUCUACGUCUGCCGGCUCCACACCCGACAAUGGCAUCUGCAGCACCCCGUCCGCACUAUCCCUCUGCUAGACANAAACGGCAUACAGUGUCUCUGCUCAUUGAAGUCUGGUUGCAUAUAGCAGGGCAGUAUACCCGCAGCGAGUUAUUCGAGGAUGCAGAGGGCGCAAUUGACGAAGCACACAAGCUUGCAGAAGAGCUCCAACAGGUUGUGGCACGGGAAGACUGCUCUGCAAAGGCAUUUGAUGAGAAGGGUUGGGGAGGCGGUCGCAGUGUGAAUAGACUGUGGGCAGACAUCUGGGCCGAGCGCGGUGAUCUGGCAGCAGCCAAAUCGCAUCGCCACGACGCACUCGCAGCCUACGAAAAAGCACUGUCACACUAUCCCGACCACGCCGCCGGCAUCGUAGGCAUCAGCUCCAUCCUGCUGGACAUCUACUCUCAAGCCAUUCCCGCCGAAGCUCCCAACCCUCUUUCCAUAAUCACACCCUCCACACCAGCAGCACCCACAAACCCUAAAGUGCUUCCUACAGACCCCACCCCCAGCGUUGCUGUCCAAACACGCCUGGCAGCAAGAGACAGAGCAUACUUUUUACUUACAGCCCUGACCAAAACUGGCGAAGGCUGGGAUGACAGUGAGGCUUGGAGUUUGCUGGCCAGAGCGCAUGAGGAAAGUGGACAGUUGGAUAGAGCGAGAGAGGCGCUGUGGUUUUUGGUUGAGCUUGAAGAUGGGAGACCACUUAGGCCUUGGAGUGUUGUUAGCAGUGCGCUCUAA